AUGCAGUUUCUACUGCUCCUCACGUUGGUCAUCGCCAGCUUUGUCAACGCCAUCACCCCUGCUCGCUCGCCUGACCCUCCGACUGGCAGCGGUACGAGACUCUUGACUUUCAAUGAGUCUCUGUUUGAUUUCUCUACCCAUAUGGACUACUACCCUUGGGUUGCUACCGAUGAAGAUGGUCAAUGCUCGUACGCAAAUGAUGCCGGUCUGGUUAUCUACAACCUUGCCACCGACGCCCAGAAGGUACUCAUUCCCGCUGACAAGCUCCCGGCCGGCUAUUCCGGCCAUUGGCUCAAGCCAGACUUGACCAAGGUUUUGUGGGCUACGAACAAGAAGAUGGGACCUUUGACGUCGUUUACUGCCGACUACUUCGUUCAAGACGUUUCUUCUGGAACCGUGGAGCCGCUCGUCAAGGACCAAGCCGGCGACAUUCAGUAUGCUCAGUGGAACCCCAAGCUCAACAACAUCGCUUUGUCCGAUUCCGUCGCCACUCAAAUCACCGCCGAUGGCGGAUCGGAUUUGUUGUACACUAUUCCCGAUUGGAUGUACCAAGAAGAGGUGUUUCAAGACAGCGUUGCGCUAUGGUUUAGCCCGGACGGAAAGCAUCUCGCCUAUCUAAGUCUCAAUGAAUCCGGUGUUACUGAAAACAAGUUGUCCAAGGGAAACCCUCCGCAAGUAUAUGAGGAUUACCGUUGCCCGAAGGCUGGUGAAAAGAUUCCUGAAGUUGGACUUCAUAUCCUGGACGUUUCCUCUGCGCCCAUGGGGUCGGUGCAUGUUGACGAAUUCCCUAUGGACGACAUGAUCAUUGGAGAAGUUACCUGGGUUACCGAUGACCACUCAAACGUCCUUGUCCGCGCAUUCAACAGGGUCCAAGACCAGGAGAAAAUCUUCAACGUGGAUGUUCAGAGCGGCAAAAUCUCCACUGUCCGUGAGAGGACCGUUAGUGAGGGCUGGAUUGACAACAUCCCCGACUUCACCGAUGACGGCAACCACCACUACCUCACCUAUCUAGGCCAUGUCUCCGGCGCCUCCACUGAUGAUACCUAUUACCUGGGCAUGUCCGAUAUGGACGGCUGGAACCAUCUGGUCCUUUGGCCCGUCCACGGCGGCGACAGCAAGCCUUUGACAUCCGGCGAAUGGGAAGUGCUUGCCGUCCUCAAAGUCGACACAACCCGCAAGAUGGUCUACUACACCUCCAAUGAGCAUCACAGCACCGAAAGCCACGUUUACUCGAUCUCAUACGAGACGGGCACAAAGACUCCCCUUGUUGAUGAUACCGUCGCUGCCUACUGGACAGCCUCCUUCACCCCCGGCAGCUCGUAUUAUGUCCUCAGUUAUGAAGGCCCCGACGUGCCUUACCAAGAGCUUUAUUCCGUCGACUCCACCAAGCCGCUGAAGACGCUCAUUAGCAACGAGGAACUGUACAACACCCUGCAGGAGUUCAAACUCCCCCGCACUACCUACUUCGAGCUGACGCAUCCAUCUGGCUACACCCUCAACGUCAUGCAGCGCUUGCCCGCGGACUUCGACCCCGCUCGCAAGUAUCCUGUUCUUUUUACGCCGUAUGGUGGUCCUGGCGUCCAAAAAGUCCGCAAGAAGUUCCCAGAGCUCAACUGGUUUGCGUACAUGUCCUCAGACCCGGAGUAUGGAUAUGCGACCUGGACGGUUGAUGGCCGCGGCACUCCAAACAAAGGUCGCGCCUUCCGGAGUCCUAUCAAGAACCAACUUGGAAAGCUUGAGGCCGACGACCAGAUCUGGGCCGCGCAGAAACUCCUCGCAGACAACGCGUGGGCGGAUCCGGCACACGUCGCCAUUUUUGGCGAGGGCUAUGGUGCGUACCUCGCGCUGAAGGUUGUGGAGGCUAAUAACGGUGUCUUCACGCUCGGAUUGGGCUGGGCACCUGUGACGGAUUGGCGCUUCUACAACAGCUUCUACGCGGAGCGGUAUAUGGGUCUGCCGGCAGAGAAUGCGGACGGCUAUGCCGCUGCGGCCGUGAAGCGCCCCGAGGGAUUCAAGAACAUUGCUGGUAACGUAAUGAUCAUUCAGGGCGCGGCCGACGACAACACUCUCGAAGUGAACAUCAACACCCUAAAGAACGACAUGACAGCUGCGGGUGUUAGAUCCAAGAAGCUGGAGACGUAUGUGUGGGAUACGGGUCGUGACUUCUUGGCAGAGACUGACCGUGAAUGGUCCUUUGUCAAGCACCAGGCGUUUGAGAAGCGCUUGUAUGAUGAAAAGCGGAGGGUCGCGAAGUAGAAGACGCCCUAUGGUGGUGCUACGGCUCAUCAGUGAGAUUGAUUGCUGAUGGUGGAACGAUUACUGAUGAGGUUUGAUGGUUUGAGACAUACUUGCUUCAAGAUGCUUUCUGGCUAGGGUUUAUGUA